UUAAAUUCACACAAGAAGAAGAAGAAAGAGAGUACCAAUACUACCUUUUUUGAAGAAAGAAAACUUUUUCCUUCAUCUCCACUUUGUUGGUUGUUUAUUAAUCCAUUUUUGGUAAACUGGGCAAUCAAAAUGGGUGUUCCCUCCAUUUUGGCACUCUUUCUUCUCUUCCACCUACUGUUUGAUCACUCUUCUGGGAAAUGUCCAGACUUCUUCGACUGUGGAGCGCAUGGCCAAAUCAGAUACCCUUUGACCAUCUCCACAUAUCCCCAUUGUGGGCUCUUCAAUGUAACAAAUUGCACAGACCCAGUUCCAAAACUCAACUUGGGAAGGGAGGGACCGUACUAUGACCUUAUUAGUACUAAUGUCACUGAAAAUUCCGUUAGGGUUAAUGACCCACGUCUAGGGAACCUCAUUGGGACAAACGGUUGUGAUGUUUUCGGGUUUUACUUGAACUGCACGCUUCACCAUAAACUCUCCGGUAUUUAUUUCACAAUAUCACCUGGUCUCACCCUGUUCAAAUGCACUACAAUAAGCCGUGUACUUGACAAGAAACAAGAUGAGUAUUUUCGUGGCAAUGACAGUUACAGAGACUGCAGUGGAUACACUGUCUACUAUAAGUAUUCUUAUCAUUCUAGUGUCUCGAGUAAUGCCAGUGUUGGUCUCAACUGUUCGGGUAUUGAAUUGCCAGUGGUACCCGAACUUGGAAACCGAAAUGCCAGUGAUUUGUUCUCUGUGUUGGCUUCUGAGUUCUCUAUUAGGUUUCAUGUGUCCAAGGAAUGUCAACAGUGUCGACACAAAGGGUGGUGCUGUUCUCAUGAUGGCCCGGGAUUCCAGUGCAAAAAUGAGGAAGGAGGUAUUGGCAGCAAAAAUGAGAAAGAAGGAUUUAGCAACUUGACACUGGUACUAGGAACAGUUAUACCUGGAGUCGUAAUCCUUCUGCUAUGCUUGGUCAUAAUAUUUUUAUGGCGUCACAGCAAAUGGAAUCAUGUUUCAUCGUACAUCUCUUCAAAGAACACUUCCUCUGAUCACUUAUCAAAAGCAGACCUUGAAGGCGGUAGUGCCUACUUUGGUGCCUCUAUCUUCUCCUAUGUUGAACUUGAACAAGCCACUGAUGACUUCGACCCUUCCAAGGAAUUGGGAGAUGGAGGCUUCGGCACUGUAUACCAUGGAAUACUUCGGGACGGAAGGGAAGUUGCUGUCAAGCGCCUAUACGAGCACAACUACAAGCGGGUGAAGCUGUUCAUGAACGAAAUCGAAAUCCUUACCUGUUUGAGCCACCCCAAUCUGGUUACCCUUUUUGGUUGCACCUCCCGCCACAGCCGGGAACUACUACUCGUCUAUGAGUACAUUCCCAAUGGCACUGUGGCGGAUCAUCUACACGGUGAUCGAGCAAAGGAUGGUUCGCUUACAUGGCCUAUUCGCAUGAACAUAGCCAUUGAAACCGCUAGUGCAUUGGCUUACCUCCAUGAUUCUGAUAUCAUCCACCGCGAUGUAAAGACUGACAACCUACUCCUUGACAACGAUUUUUGCGUCAAAGUUGGAGAUUUCGGGCUCUCGAGACUCUUCCCCAACCAUGCCACUCACGUCUCAACGGCGCCACAGGGCACUCCAGGUUAUGUUGAUCCCGAGUACCAUCGAUGUUACCAGCUUACUGACAAGAGUGAUGUUUAUAGCUUUGGGGUUGUUCUUAUUGAGCUCAUAUCAUCACUGCCGGCUGUUGACAUGAACAGGCAUAGGGAUGAGAUUAAUUUGGCUAACUUAGCAGUAAACAAGAUCCAAAACCGUGCAAUCCAUGAGUUGAUUGAUCCGUCUCUUGGGUUUGAGUCAGAUCCUUCGAUUGAGAGGAUGACUUCGUCGGUGGCAGAGGUGGCUUUUAGGUGUUUGCAACUUGAUAAGGACGUGAGGCCUACGAUGAAAGAGAUUUUAGAGGAUUUGAUGGGGAUUCAGGCGUACAAAGAUGAGAAUGCUGGGAAGAUAAUUGACGAUGGUAGUGCGUUAACAACUAGAAGGCCUCCUACUUUGCCUGAUAGCGAAGAUGUUGUGUUGUUGAAGAACAACAUGCCGCCAAUUUCACCAGCUUCGGUGACCAAUAGAUGGGUUAGUACCUCUACCACGCCCACCUCCAGUGAGUAAGGCUUUCAUUUCACUCUACUUUUGUUUGAAGAUAGAUAUGCCAAGCAAAUAAUCUUGACACUCGUAGCUUUGCAACCGAGUAGUUCAAAUUCAGUUUCCAUUUUAUUGUAUAGUGAGUGCAUGGAGCUCUCGUUGUGUAUUUGUUCAUAUUUUGAGAUUUUUGAAGUCAUGGCUCAGUUCUCAUUGUGCAA